UCGAAACAUUCAAAGCCAGUACGCGCCGCCUUCACUUCUCUCUCUCAAAAACGUGUGUAUAUUUCUCCACGUCCCUUGGUUUCUUCUCCACUUUCGCUCCUCAAAUCGUCCUUGUUUUUCUCCGUCAUCAUUUCUCCUCAAGUUCCUUUUCUCUCUAUUUAUUUAUAGUUUAGUUUAUUAGAUCGCUAUACUUCUAUUGUCUCUCUCUCUCUCCAUCUUCUUCCUUUGGCUCUCUCCGACGAGAAUCUGGACGGAACUUGCAUUCAAGUUGAAGAUGUGUUUCUGAUGUGAAUUACGUGAUCUGUUUUUCGUGCAACGUCAAUCUACAAGCUUUUAAUCCAUUCGAGUUCCUUUUUCAUCGUAAUGAUGUUUGUACGCUCAACACAUUGAUUUAGAUUUUCUGCUGCAUCUCAUUUGAGGUACCCUUUGGAACGCCCCGAAGUUUCUUCUUUUUAUAUUCCUGUGUCAUAUAUUAAUCAAGAAGGAAGAAUUUCUGAUUGGUUUCAGUUAUGAGUUUAAGAAAAUUUGAAUUUCUUUUUUCUUUUGAAGUGCGUAUGUUAAAAGUUUUUUUGAUUUGAUCUGCCCCAUGUCCCCAAAAAAUUCAGAAGAAGAAUAUCUCACCAAUGAUAUUGAGAUUUUUGGCAGGGAAAAAAUGGCAGAGCCUAGACCAGAUAUGCCUUUGAUCCCACCAACUUCCUCUUCUUCACCAUCCCGAAAACUCCCCGAUUUCAAGAAGUCAGUCAAGCUCAAAUAUGUGAAGCUUGGAUAUCACUACCUCAUCACCCAUGGAAUGUACCUUUUCCUUUCCCCUCUUGUGUUUGUGAUUGCUGCUCAGCUCUCAACAUUUUCACUCCAAGAUCUUUAUAACAUUUGGGAGAAUCUCCAGUACAACUUUAUUUUUGUGAUCCUUUGCACUACUCUCCUUGUUUUUCUAUUCACCCUCUACUUUCUCACUCGCCCCAGUCCUGUAUACCUCGUGAACUUCUCCUGCUACAAGCCUGAAGAGGCAAGAAAAUGCACCAAAAGGAUUUUCAUGGAUCAAUCUCGGAUGGCUGGUGUGUUCUCUGAACAGAAUCUUGAGUUUCAGCGCAAGAUUCUAACUAGAUCUGGCCUCGGUGAUUCUACAUAUCUACCAGAGGCUGUCUUGAACAUUCCUCCAAACCCUUCUAUGAAAGAAGCUCGGAAAGAAGCUGAGGCUGUGAUGUUUGGUGCUGUUGAUGAACUUCUGGCUAAGACUUGUAUAAAUCCCAAAGAUAUUGGAAUCUUGGUUGUGAAUUGUAGCUUGUUUAAUCCUACACCAUCUCUAUCUGCCAUGGUUAUCAAUCAUUACAAACUUCGAGGAAAUAUAGUCAGCUACAAUUUGGGUGGGAUGGGUUGCAGUGCUGGCUUGAUCUCAAUUGCUCUUGCUAAAGAUCUUCUUCAGGUCCAUCCUAACUCCUAUGCCUUGGUGAUUAGCAUGGAGAACAUCACAUUGAAUUGGUAUUUUGGAAAUGAUCGAUCGAAACUUGUCUCAAACUGUUUGUUCCGCAUGGGAGGGGCUGCAAUACUACUGUCUAACAAACGAUCUGACAGAAGAAGAUCCAAAUACCAAUUGGUACAUACUGUCCGAACUCACAAGGGUGCUGAUGAUAAGUGCUUCGCCUGUGUUACCCAAGAAGAGGACCCCAAUGGGAAGAUUGGUGUAACAUUGUCGAAGGAGCUCAUGGGAGUUGCAGGAGAUGCCUUGAAAACCAACAUCACCACAUUGGGGCCUCUUGUUUUGCCAAUGUCCGAACAAUUGCUUUUCUUCGCUACGCUAGUGGGGAGGAAACUUUUCAAGAUGAAGGUAAAGCCGUAUAUCCCAGAUUUCAGACUAGCUUUUGAGCAUUUCUGCAUUCAUGCUGGAGGAAGAGCUGUUUUGGACGAAUUGGAGAAGAACCUACAGCUUUCUGAGUGGCACAUGGAGCCAUCAAGGAUGACACUUUACCGGUUUGGCAACACCUCAAGCAGUUCUCUUUGGUAUGAAUUGGCCUAUACAGAAGCCAAAGGAAGGGUGAAGAAAGGAGAUAGAACAUGGCAAAUAGCUUUUGGUUCAGGAUUCAAGUGUAAUAGUGCGGUCUGGAAAGCUCUAAAGACCAUUAACCCUGCGAAGGAAAAGAACCCAUGGAUGGAUGAAAUCAAGCAGUUCCCUGUGGAAGUUCCAAAGGUAUCAACUAUCUGAAAUCUGAAGUGCAAAGGCAGUGAUUGUCUUGGAAUUCAGGUGUUAGGAUUUAUUCUUCCAUUCCUAGUCAGGCAGAUUAGUACUCUAGCAGUCAUUAUUGGGAUCGGGGGGGUUUCUUUGUAAUCCUGUUUCACAUGUGGUAUUUGGUUGGUAUUGUUUGGCUAUUGAU